UAGCGCUUACAGAACUGAGACUGCUCUCACACUCACAGGAGAACCAAAGAGGACAAGCAAACAAAGAGAGAUGAAGAUGACCACGCUGACAUACCUGCUACUCUGCGCGGCCGUUCUGGCCGCCACGGCGACCGGCUUCCCGUUCGAGAGGAAGGGGGCCGCGGGGAAGGAGAAGAGGGUGCAGUACGCCUCCUGGGACGAUGUGAACGUGAUCGCCCAUGGGCUGCUGCAGCUGGGCCAGGGGCUGAAGGAGCACGUGGACAAGACCAAGGGCCAGAUGCGGGACAUCACCGCCAAGCUGAAGUCCUUCAAUGGCACGGUGGCGGAGCUGGGCCGGCAGACGCAGCAGCUGCAGGAGGACAGCGAGACGCUGAGGGCCAGGGCACGGGGCCUGGAGGAGAGGGAGGGCCAGGUGCUGAACGUGUCGGCCGAGCUGCGGGAGCGGGCGGAGGAGUUGCAGCGGGAGAGGCAGAGCGUGAGCGACAGGAUGAGCAGGCUGGAGGAGAAGGUGGACGGCAUGCUGCAGGGGGAGGGAAUGGAGGUCGCCAACGGCAACUACAGCGAUGCACGCAUCAUCCAGUGGAUGCUGGAAGCGCAGAGCCGGCGUAUUGAUGAGCUGGUGGAAAGAAUCCGCCAACAGCAAGAUAAACUGGACAAGCAGAAUGUGCGCAUUCGGACCCUCCAGAACCAGAUCCAGCAGAGGAAAGAAAGGUCGUUUCUCAGACGCAAGGUGGACGAAGCCGCGCUCAACAGCAGUACUGAACAGAGCGAUACACCCAUGGAGGUGGCCACAGACUGUCACGAGCUGUACCUGAGGGGAGAGACCAGCAGUGGGGUCUACACCGUCCAGCCUGUCGGCUCCCAGCCCUUUGAGGUCUUCUGUGAAAUGACAACAGAAGGUGGCUGGACCAUCAUUCAGAGGCGCCAGGACGGCUCGGUAGAUUUCGACCAGCUGUGGCAGGCCUACCAGAACGGCUUCGGCAAUCUGAACGGCGAGUUCUGGCUGGGUCUGGAGAAGAUCCGCUCUCUGACAAAGGACGGAGACUACGUCCUGCAGGUCCAGCUCUCCGACUGGAAAGAGGACACCCAGUCCAUCCGCUACUCCUUCCGAUUGGACGGGGAGGAGAACAGCUACGCCCUGCACCUGAAGGAGGCGUCGGCAGGGACCCUGGAGAGUGCCCUGUCCACCGAGCCCUCCGGCCUGCCCUUCUCCACCCUGGACAGGGAUAACGACCAAAAGGCCGACACCAACUGCGCCAAGCUCCUGUCAGGUGGCUGGUGGUUCAGCAACUGCGGCCGCUCCAACCUGAAUGGCAGGUACUUCCUGAACCAGCCGCCCAAGCAGCGGCACCAGAGGAAGCAGGGGGUGUUCUGGAAGACCUGGAGGGGCCGCUACUACCCGCUGAAGACCACGGUGAUGAAGAUCGCUCCCGCUGAGCUGGAGCACACGUCGUAGGAGGGGUGUGCCGGGGCGUGUCUGAACAUUUCCCUCUCUGAGGAGAGGAGCACUGUCAGAGAGCAAGGGGAAGGAGAGAAAAGGUCAAACAAGAACCCUGAGAAAGAGAGGAGGCGUUCAGAAUGACUGCUGGACUCGAGCUGAACUUUCCAAAGCUCCAUUUCACGUCUCCUUUGUCUUUACUAAGGUAAUGCAACAGAGCAAUGCAGAAAUGACCUGUAUAUAUGUGUGAAUAUAACGCAGGAAGGACUGUCCCCCACCCCAUUCCAGUGCCGGAUUGCUGUCACCCCCCCGGAGAGGGGCGCAGGGGUGCGCAGCAGCAGUGUCCCGGAGCAGGGCGUGUUGCUGCAUGCCUCGGAUAUCACUGCCUCUCUGAAUGCUUUCCGCGUGUUCAGACCCAUCCGUCAGGAGCACCGCCUCCAGGCUGCCUGCUGUGCGUACCCAGAGUGACCAAAGAGCCGGGAUCAACACCACGCUCAGAGUCACACAGGGCCUAAACAGCCUGCAGAAGUCCUCUGGAGACAGCAAUCCGAGCCCCCC